AAAAGAGGUGUGGCACGAAGAUGAAGCUCGCGUUUGGAAAUACAGCCACAUCUCUCCUAAUCAUGGCAGAAAAGAUUCUAAUCGUUUCGAAGCAGACCGAAACAGGGAAGCUUACCGGCUAGGCGGCCAAGGGGAUUUCAGACGUGAACGAGUAGAGAGGGUAUAUCAAGAAACAAGAGUAGUCUCACCAGACGACCGGAUAAAAUAUACAGAGUUGCCAAGAAACGUAACUGGCGGUCAACAAGUAGGAAAUUACUACGUUGUUCGCAGAAACAUAAAGAACCAUCAGUGGAGAGAUGGAGAUAGGUACAGGGCUGAUCAACUGGAUGACAGCAAUAAACCGAGAAGAACAGAAAUUCUUUAUAUUAGAAGCCCUAUUCAUGACCCUGACGUUCACAUUCUUAGGUACGGAGGUGAAGCUGAUGACGAAGAGAUUUUUCGUAGUGUUAGUCAGCAAGAGAACAUCAGAGAGAGACAAGAGCAAAGAGAUUCUCGAUCGUACGAUGCAUUACGUCAGCCCAGAAAGAUUAUAUAUAGGGAUGAGUCAGAUCCUACAGAUCAACAGCUUAAGUUUUCUAGGUAUCACAGAACCAACAGCGACGUCUACAUACCCAACAUGGAUGGAGAUAUCCUUAGUCGACCAGUACAAAACAGCAGAACACAAGCAGCUUGGACUGGUAACUUUACUAUACCAAAAGAAAAAACUAGAAGACAAAUAAUACAGGACGAAGACUUCCAUUGGAGAGACAAAUUUGAGGUUGAAGAAAAUGAAAAACCACAACGUAACUCUGGCAUUCAAAACACUUUUCAUGUAACAGAACAACCGGAAAACAUUCAUCAACGGUUGGAGCCACAAGACAGAAUUACACUGGUCUAUGGUGAAUAUAAACAGCAUUCACCUGACGUCGACCACUCACAGCAAAGAAUUGACAGUUAUCAGAUGACAUCAAACGAUGCCACACAUUGGACUGAACCAUCAGCUAACCCUAACAUGACUCGAAGGGAGAUAAUUAGAGAAUACAGAUAUUCUAAUAAUGAAAUGGACCAACGCCCACAGAAUAACCACAUUUCUACACAAGAUCUGGAAGACAAAGCUAGAAUAAGUCAAGAAAAUGAGAAAAUGUAUAUUGAAAAUUAUUCCGGUCAACAAAAACUUGAAGAUGUUAUUCAAGGAAAUAAACAAGGCGCCUUAGUUAAUCCUGUCCUCACGCAAAAGGAAAUAAUUACAGAAUACAGAUAUUCUAAUAAUGAAAUGGACCAACGCCCACAGAAUAACCACAUUUCUACACAAGAUCAAGAAGACAAAACUAGAAUAAGCCAAGAAAAUGAGAAAAUAUAUAUUGAAAAUUAUUCCGGUCAACAAAAACUUGAAGAUGUUAUUCAAGGAAAUAAACAAGGCUCCUUAGUUAAUCCUGUCCUCACGCAAAAGGAAAUAAUUACAGAAUACAGAUAUUCUAAUAAUGAUAUGGACCAACGCCCACAGAAUAACCAGAAUUCUGCAAAAGAUGAGAUGGACAAAACAAAAAUUGGUAGAAUGGAUAAUGAAAACUACUCGAAGCAUGAGGCAGAUGAAAGUAUUAAUCAAACAAGUGAAUCAAAUGUUAUAAGCCCCAGUGAUUUAUCCAAUCAACUUGUUACCAGCAGAGAAAUACAGAAAUCAUUUAUGAUCAACAUUCAGCCUCAAAACUCCACUAGUGAGACGCACGUUGUCAAAGAAAGCCGUGUUACACAUGUAGAUAAUAAUGUCAAUACACCUGUCGAACAAAAAGAAAAUAAUAGUAAUAAUUUUUUAGUGUAUCGAGAGGCACCUCUUAUCAUCCCUGGCCAAACAAACCACCAGGGGGUGCCUCAGUAA